UGAUGAUAUUGUGUUCACUGAAUUGAAUCCAAGCGAAGAUUACAAAUCUGUACCAUAUGAUAUGUUUAUAUUACAAGAUAAUGUUUAUAAAAUUUGCUCACGAGCAUUAUCAUUUUGGACAUAUCAGACGACACAGGAGGCUUGUUUUCAAGAAAUGUUAUACAAGAAUUUGGAAGAAAAGUACUCUCAAUUAGAAAAACAAGUCCAAGGAAUUUUGAGAGAUGCUCAAUCUGAAAUAACAUCUUUGAAAGUCAAACUUCAAGCAUUACAGAAAGAUAUGGAACUCGAAAAACGAAAAACACAUGAACUAGCUGAACAAUUACAAGAAAAAGGCAGGCAAUUUUCGAAAUUGCAGGGAAUGUACGAUAAAUUAAGACGUAGAACAUUGGUUCCGGCGAUGCAACAACCUGUUCAAAAUCGUGCUGGAAAUUCAGUUCCUAACGCUGGAGCUAACAAUCCGGUUGGUGGUUCAAGACAAGGUGGAGUUCCUAAUCAACCUGGAUUAUAUGGUGAAAAUGGCAUCCUUAAUAAUCGUACGUGGAACAUGGAUCCAUAUGUGCUUAGACAAGAUUAUCCAGUUGGGAUAAUCAAUGGGAAUGAAAAUAAUGUUUUCCAACAAAAAGUCAAUAAACAAGGACAAACUCGUUUUUCAAGAUAUUAUAAUACGCAAUUACAACCAGAAGAAAGAGUUCUUAUGGAAGCAGAUAUUUUACGAAAAUGUUUAAAAAGGGGUGAUUCUCAGAAAGUACAAAAUAGACGAUAUGCUUCAUUAUUUUUUGUGAUCGGUUUUGAAGAAGAAGAGAACCAUCUUGCCAUCCUUGAGCUCGUUCAAGCAUAUGUGGAAAUAUUAAAUACAUAUUUCGAUAAUGUGUGUGAACUAGAUAUUAUGUUUAAUAUUGAAAAGGUGCAUGUAAUUUUAGAAGAAAUGAUUAUGAAUGGUAGAAUAGUGGAGACUAAUAAAAAUAAUGUAUUGACCCCUGUAUUGGAAAUGGAUAAGGCAUCCAAAUAA